UGGCAAACAUAAAUAAUUUCUGGUUUGUUUUUUUUUUCCUCUAUCUCAGAGAGGAUCUGAAAUACUACUUUUCAAAGGGCUCAUGGAAAAAUAGGCACCUGUGCUAGCAGAUCCUGAUUGCCGCUCUCCUACCAACUCACAGAAGAUACCAAAAAUAUCAAGAAAAGAAGGAUAUUUCUCAAAGCAGAAGUGCUGGCCUAUUUUAUGCCACUGUUUGGCCAACGUUCAAGUACUAUGAGUAUAGUUUUCUCCAGAAACACCUUAUCAAAAGGAUCCAUUUAGUGUUGUUCUUGGUACUCCACACAGUACUUGGCACACAAAAAGUCACCACCCAUAUAAUGGAUUUUAUAGAUCAGAUUGCUUAGUGUGGAUAUCAUGUAACCAUACAGGAAAUAUACUUAAUUUCUCACUUCUGCAAGUAGUCAUGACUACUGAAGAAAGAAUCUUUUUAAACUACAGCAGAAUUCAUUUGGGUACUUUUAUGGAAAUUCUAAUUUUGUUUUUAACUCUUGGUAAUUUUUUGCUAAAGUUAUGAACAAGCAAAGAGCUUGUUUUGUUAGACGAACACACAGUAGUAAGAAUGUCUAGAAGAGGACCAAUUCUUCACAGCCGGACCCAGUGGCUGCUGUUGGGGCUUGCUUUGCUCUUCAGUUUAGUGUUAUUUAUGUACCUCCUGGAAUGUGCCCCCCAGACUGAUGGAAAUGCAUCUCUUCCUGGUGUUGUUAGAGAAAAUUAUGGUAAAGAAUAUUACCAGGCCCUCCUGCAGGAGCAAGAAGAACAUUACCAAACCAGGGCAACCAGUCUGAAACGCCAGAUUGCCCAGCUAAAACAAGAAUUACAAGAAAUGAGUGAGAAGAUGAGAUCAUUGCAAGAGAAAAAGAAUGUAGGGGCUAAUGGCAUAGGCUAUCAAGGCAACAGAGAGCAGACACCUAGUGAUCUCUUAGAGUUUCUUCAUUCCCAGAUCGACAGAGCUGAAGUUAGCAUAGGAGCCAAACUACCCAGUGAGUAUGGAGUCGUUCCCUUUGAAAGUUUUACUUUAAUGAAAGUAUUUCAGUUGGAAAUGGGUCUCACUCGUCAUCCUGAAGAAAAGCCAGUUAGAAAGGACAAACGAGAUGAAUUGGUAGAAGUUAUUGAAGCUGGCUUGGAGGUCAUUAAUAAUCCUGAUGAAGAUGAUGAACAGGAAGAUGAGGAGGGCCCUGUUGGAGAGAAACUGAUAUUUAAUGAAAAUGACUUCAUAGAAGGCUAUUACCGCACUGAGAGAGAUAAAGGCACACAGUAUGAACUCUUUUUUAAGAAAGCAGACCUUAUGGAAUACAGACAUGUGACCCUCUUCCGCCCUUUUGGACCACUCAUGAAAGUGAAGAAUGAGAUGAUUGACAUUACCAGAUCAGUUAUUAACAUCAUUGUGCCGCUUGCUGAAAGGACUGAAGCAUUUUCACAGUUUAUGCAGAACUUCAGAGAUGUUUGUAUUCAUCAAGACAAGAGGAUUCAUCUCACAGUUGUGUACUUUGGGAAAGAAGGACUAUCUAAAGUCAAGUCUAUCCUAGAAUCUAUCACAAGUGAGUCUGAUUUUCACAAUUAUACUUUGAUCUCACUGAAUGAAGAAUUUAAUCGUGGACGAGGACUAAAUGUGGGUGCCCAAGCGUGGGACAAGGGAGAAGUCUUGAUGUUUUUCUGCGAUGUUGAUAUAUAUUUCUCAGCCGAAUUCCUUAACAGCUGCCGGUUAAAUGCUGAGCCAGGUAAAAAGGUGUUUUAUCCUGUGGUGUUCAGUCUUUACAAUCCUGCCAUUGUUUAUGCCAACCAGGAUGUGCCACCCCCUGUGGAGCAGCAGCUGGUUCAUAAAAAGGACUCUGGUUUUUGGAGAGAUUUUGGCUUUGGGAUGACUUGUCAAUAUCAAUCAGAUUUCCUGGCCGUUGGUGGAUUCGACUUGGAAGUAAAAGGCUGGGGUGGAGAAGAUGUUCAUCUUUACCGGAAAUACUUACAUGGUGAUCUGAUUGUGAUUCGGACUCCAGUCCCUGGUCUUUUCCACCUCUGGCACGAGAAACACUGUGCAGAUGAGCUGACGCCUGAGCAGUACCGCAUGUGCAUCCAGUCCAAAGCCAUGAACGAGGCUUCUCACUCCCACCUGGGAAUGAUGGUCUUCAGGGAGGAAAUAGAGAUGCAUCUUCGCAAACAGGCAUACAGAACAAACAGCGACACCGCCGGGUGACAGCCAUCAACACAAGAAAGUCUGAACCACAAACCAGCACUGUUUAUUCAGCCUUAAUUCAAAUCCCAGAUUCUGUGCCUCUUCCAGAGGGGGAAAAUGUUUAUUUUUCAUGUUCUUCCUGAAUUUUUUCUGUAGUUCAGCUUGAUGUAAGAAGAAAACGCAGGUGUUUUGAUGCAAAGCCGGUUUUGUGAGAGCAUUAUAGUAGAAACAGUUUACAAAAUGAAAUUUGGUAUUUGUUUCCAAAAUAGUUUGAAAUAGAGUCUGCCUGGUACCUGUGUUCUGAUUGGUCCAAGUGUGCUAGGCCGAUGUUGAGUAGCUUGGCACAUCUAUAGGAAACAGAGUAUUGGUUCAUCAUGCUGUACAGGCAGAUAGCACUGCUAACUGCUAAGUCGAUCAUUCACCUUCAGUUUUUAAAUGAGAGCUUCUGUUGAUCACAUGUGGAAUAUUUUUCACA